UCCGUAGGCUCUGGCAGCCAACGCUGGAACGGGAUUUGCUGUCGCGGAGCCUCAGAUCGCCAUGUUUUGUGGGAAGUUGAAUAUGCACGUGAACAUUCAGACCGGGAAGUGGGAGCCCGACCCCACCGGCACCAAGAGCUGCUUUGGAACAAAAGAAGAGGUGCUGCAGUACUGUCAGGAGAUGUACCCAGAGCUGCAGAUCACAAACGUGAUGGAAGCCAACCAGCCCGUCAGCAUUGACGACUGGUGCCGGAGGGACAGAAAGCAAUGCAAGAGUCACAUCGUCAUUCCCUUCAAGUGCCUCGUGGGUGAAUUUGUAAGUGAUGUUCUGCUAGUUCCAGAAAAAUGCCAGUUUUUCCACAAGGAGCGGAUGGAGGUGUGCGAGAACCACCAGCACUGGCACACGGUCGUCAAGGAGGCAUGUCUGACCCAGGGGAUGACGCUGUACAGCUACGGCAUGCUCCUGCCCUGCGGUGUGGACCAGUUCCACGGCACGGAGUACGUGUGCUGCCCGCAGACCACGGUCAUCGAGACUGCCGUGUCCAAGGAGGACGAGGACGAGGAGGACGAGGACGAGGACUAUGAUGUUUACAAGAGUGAAUUUCCGACUGAAGUAGAUUUGGAAGACGUCACAGAAGCAGCUGUGGAUGAGGAGGAGGAGGAGGAGGAAGAAGGGGAGGAGGUGGUGGAAGACCGAGACUACUACUACGAAGCCUUUAAAGGAGAUGACUACCACGAGGAGAACCCCACGGAGCCCAGCAGCGAUGGCACGAUGUCCGAGCAGGAGAUCGCGCACGACGUGAAAGCUGUCUGCUCCCAGGAGGCGAUGACGGGGCCCUGCCGGGCCGUGAUGCCCCGCUGGUACUUCGACCUCUCCAAGGGGAAGUGCGUGCGCUUUAUAUAUGGCGGCUGCGGCGGCAAAAGGAACAAUUUUGAGUCUGAGGAGUAUUGUGUGGCUGUGUGUAAAGCGCUGAUGCCCCCCACCCCUCUGCCGACCAACGACGUGGAUGUGUACUUCGAGACCUCCGCGGACGAGAACGAGCAUGCCCGCUUCCAGAAGGCCAAGGAGCAGCUGGAAAUCCGGCACCGCAACCGGAUGGACAGGGUGAAGAAGGAGUGGGAAGAGGCAGAACUUCAAGCCAAGAACCUCCCCAAGGCAGAGAGGCAGACCCUCAUCCAGCACUUCCAAGCCAUGGUGAAAGCCUUGGAGAAGGAAGCGGCCAGCGAGAAGCAGCAGCUGGUGGAGACCCACCUGGCUCGUGUGGAAGCCAUGCUCAAUGACCGCCGCCGUGUGGCGCUGGAGAGCUACCUGGCCGCCGUGCAGUCGGACCCCCCGCGGCCUCAUCGCAUCCUGCAGGCCUUGCGGCGUUACGUCCGCGCAGAAAACAAAGACCGCCUGCACACCGUCCGCCACUACCAGCACGUGUUGGCUGUGGACCCGGAAAAGGCAGCCCAGAUGAAGUCCCAGGUGGUGACGCACCUCCACGUGAUCGAAGAGAGGAGGAACCAAAGCCUCUCUCUGCUCUAUAAAGUACCCUACGUGGCCCAGGAGAUCCAAGAGGAAAUCGACGAGCUCCUUCAGGAACAGCGGGCAGACAUGGCCCAGUUCACCGCCUCCAUCUCCGAGACCCCUGUGGACGUCCGGGUGAGCUCGGAGGAGAGUGAGGAGGUGCCGCCAUCCUACCCCUUCCACCCCUUCCCGUCCUUCCCUGAGGAAGAAGACACUCAGCCGGAGUUGUUCCACCCAAUGAAGAAAGGCUCUGGGGUCGGGGAGCAGGACGGGGGCCUGAUCGGUGCUGAGGAGAAGGUGAUCAACAGCAAGAAGAAGGUGGACGAGAACAUGGUCGUCGAUGAGACUCUGGACGUUAAGGAAAUGGUCUUCAACGCCGAGAGGGUCGGAGGCCUAGAGGAAGAACCGGAGUCCAUGGGGCCGCUGCGGGAGGACUUCAGCCUGAGCAGCAGCGCCCUCAUCGGCCUGCUGGUCAUCGCAGUGGCCGUCGCCACGGUCAUCGUCGUCAGCCUGGUGAUGCUGAGGAAGCGGCAGUACGGCACCAUCAGCCACGGGGUCGUGGAGGUCGACCCCAUGCUCACCCCAGAAGAACGCCACCUGAACAAGAUGCAGAACCACGGCUACGAGAACCCCACCUACAAGUACCUGGAGCAGAUGCAGAUCUGAGUGACGGGCCGCGCCGGCGGAGUGGGCGGCGGCACCGGGGCCGGAGGGGGCGGCAGCACCGGGUCGGGCCGCAGAGGCACUGUCGCCACUGGAGGUGUCGCCUCCCGCCGGGCCCUCCUGGUGCACUGAGACUAUCAAGUACUACUGUAGAGUUGCCAUUUCCAUUCUUUUAAAUGGGUGAAGAUGCUAAUAUAACAUAUAUGAUAUAUAAACCGUAAAGAAAGAAAUGAUCUAUUGCAGA